UGCUUCUUUCUACGCAACGAUAUUGGGCUCAAAAAACAACAUCGAUAGGCAGAAAAAGUGUAAAUCUGCAGAAACAAUAACAAUAGAUGCGAUGCUCUAGCUGUAAUGGCAAGCAGCUCCAGCUCAGAUGAAAGCUGCAAGGCGCCCGACAAUUUCCGCAUCUCGAGUGCCUCCACAAACGGCGAGGACGAGGAGACCAGCGAUGUCGCAGGAUACACAACAAAGCGCAGGCCAACAGCCAAGGACCUGCUGAAGGAUGCGAGUGCCAAGGAUGCAGACGUCACCGCGGGAUCGGGUGGCCAUAUGCGGUGCCCGUUGUGCCACAGUUGUAGUGCUAGCCGAUUUCACUGUCGCAAUUGCGUCAGAAACGGAAACAUUACUCACAGCCAGGCGGAAAGACCCGAAAGCCUGACAGAAAAACAGCAACGCUAUAUCAACCUGCAGGCGGGCCUCAAGACCUUUAGCACGCGCUACGAACGCCUCAUCGAGCAGCACCGCUCCAACGAGGAUCGCCUAAUGGCCAUUAAGGCCAAGCGCAAGCAGUUGGAGCUCCUGCAACAACUUAUCUCUGGCACAGGCCAGAGACUACGAGUCCUGGGCGAGCGACGCGACGAGCUACGUCGGGCGAAUGCCGAGAAGAGAAAAAACCUACCCAAAUAUCCAGACAAAGUAAAAAUGCUUGAGGAUUACGUGUUGGAUAGAGUGGAGAAAAUAGAUAAACUAAGGGAGACCCACCUGGGUCUUUUGGACAGCAUCAAGCAGGCGGCUCGGCGGGGCAUCCACCAGUUGGUCACCUAUGUUUUUCCUAUCGCUGAGGUGGUGCUCAAGGAAGAGCAGCAGCGCCGAGCUAGUGUGGAGCGCAGCGAGGAGGCUGAAACAAUAGCAGCUCUGGCAGACGCCAAGAACACUUCGUACAUACGUGGAAAAUGGGUUUUCCACGGCAGUGGGAUCAGUGAGGUCCAGUACAGGAUAGUGGGUCCUUCGUUGCCCGCCAAUGGCGACUAUACUGCCUAUCUGGACUGGCUGGCGGACAACAAGGAUGAUGUUCCGAAGGCCACAGCUAAUGAGAUUACGCCCAGUCGGUUUGAAGCGUACCGCAUAGUGGGCGCUCUUACCUACACAGCGCAGCUGACGCAGUUGCUCAGCUUCUACCUGAACGUGCGGCUGCCGCACAAGAUAGCCUACGGGGACUUCUGUCGUAAACUUCUCAACGAGGAGCAGUUUCGACGCAAGAUCUCGCGUCUCAACUCCAAUAUCAUGUAUCUGGCCUACACGCAGCAGGUCAAGCUGCGCGCUCUCAACGAACAGCAUACGUUGGAGAACCUGCUGGCCAUCCUGGAUCUAGAGCGCAGUGAUCUGGGUCGGUUCGGACAUCUAGACGUGACGAAUGCGCCACUCAUGAAGUCGGUGGAUUCCCUUUUAAUCGGUAUCGAAACGGCGACGGAAUCGGAGUCCGAGGAUGAGAACUCCCUGCGCAUGGAUUGGGAGGCAGUGCCCAGUCUUACUCCGCAACCGGAGUUGGCGGAUCCCAAUCUGAUGCCGGCGGCCAACCAGCAGUCCACUAUCGCCUUCGUGCGUAUGGCGGCCACGUCGGUGCUCCGAUGGAUCAAGUAAUCAGGCCCGCCCGCCAGAUCCUUCGGCGAUAUCAUCAUCAGGCACGUGUGUUAUCUUUUACAAAUUAGGCUAAGUUAUAGUUUCUGUGACAGCGUGCCGGAGUUUGCCGGCAGUCGCUGCUUUUAGCGUUAUCUUUUGGUUUACAGAACUAAUUUUUCUAUCGAUUCUAUAUGCAUAUACAUAUACCAGCUGUGUGAAAAUAAGGAGUCUUUGAUUUACUUUUAUUACAUAACUUAUUCGCCUUUAUUUAAUAAAAAUGGUUCUCUAUAAAUAAAUAUA